AUGAGGAAGGCAUUUUACUACAGUGUGGUGAAGAUGAUGAUAUUCAUGUUAAUUUCUAAUGAUUUCUAUAAUUUUUUGUUGCCUUCACAUUAUAUGAAUGUCAUCUUUUCAUCCAAGGGGAAAUUGACAGAAGAAAAUCUCACUGACAUAAAAGAAUUUAUUCUUCUGGGAUUUUCUGAUGUUCCAAAUCUCCGAGGGCUCUUAUUUGGAAUUUUUGUUAUUAUUUAUGUGAGUAUCCUAGCAGGGAAUGGACUCAUCAUUAUAAUAACCAAAUUUAACCCAGCCCUACAGACGCCCAUGUAUUUUUUCCUUGGAAAUUUUUCCUUCUUAGAAAUCUGUUAUACAUCAGUAACUCUCCCCAGAAUGCUGACAGACAUUUGGACACAAAGAAAAAAUAUUUCUCUUGCAACCUGUGCUAUACAACUUGGUUUCUUUCUUAUUCUUGGGGGCACUGAGUGCUUUCUCUUGGCAGUGAUGGCUUAUGAUCGUUAUGUCGCUAUUUGUAAACCUCUAUAUUAUCCUUUAAUCAUGAAUUACAAAUUGUGUGUUCAGUUGGUGAUUGGCUCCUGGAUCACUGCAAUCCCAGUCCAGGCAGGACUGACAUAUCAGAUUUUCUCUCUGCCUUUCUGUGGUUCUAACAAGCUCAAUCAUGUUUUCUGUGAUGCUCCUCCAUUAGUGAAACUGACAUGUGGACACAAUGCAUUUAAUGAAUUCCCAGUUUAUGCUAAUGCUGCUCUAUUUGGUAUGUUUCCUUUCCUAUUGAUACUUGUGUCCUACCUUAAAAUAAUCAAUGCCAUACUAAAACUUCCAUCAGCUACAGGGAGAUCUAAAGCCUUCUCUACAUGUUCCUCCCACCUCAUUGUUGUGGGCUUAUUUUUUGGCUCUGCUAUCAUUACAUAUUUGCUACCAAAAUCCAAAGAACCAGCAGGAACAGAGAAAGUGCUCUCUCUCUUCUAUACUACUGUGACCCCUUUAUUUAAUCCACUAAUAUACAGUCUGAGAAACAAGGAUGUCAUUGAGGCAAUAAAGAAAUUAAUACCUAAGUGGCUUAAUUCAUUAAAAAAGUAG